CACACAAUUAAAUAUCAAGCAUUUACAUUAUUUGAAAAUCUACUACUUUGAUUACAAGUACGUUAAAAUAAAACUAAAGCUCGCACUUAAUCGCAAUAUUCUGAAUUAGGUGUGAAAUGAUUGAGAUUUCACAACAUAAUUGAUGUAAGCUUUAGCCUCGAAGAAAAGAGAGAAAGAGAGAAAGAAAUUGGACAAUCGAUUAAAAGUAAAAGCGAAACGCGUGACAGUUUCGUACGUUACGAUGAAGAAAUAUUGAGAAACGUGAAAACGGUGAACGAUCGAUAAAAACGGCUCUACGAGGCGGCAGUGAAAUGUCAGUGGGUCGGAUAGUAGGAUAGACCGGAGGGUUUCUAGGUGGUAGGUUCCGUGAUGAAAGGAAAUAUUGAUCUAGGAUAAGCAGCUAGAUAAGGGGGAUAGUAUAUCCACAUGUUCCUUGUAAUGAAAACAAUAUAUAAAUGCAUCGUUGAUUGAAGAGCUACGCUCUUCGUUCCUGCCGUCACAUUAUCGAACAUGUAUGUUGGAAAACGAGAUACUUUUGCAGAAACACUUACAAGAGGUAGUGCAGUGUCUCGUACGCGUCUUUAGAACGUAGAUUCUAGCCAAUUGAAGCGGAUUUUAUGAUAAAAUCGACGUAGUUGCGCGUACUUGCGCGGCAGCGACAGCAGCAGCGACGACGGCGCGGCGCUCGCGCACUAAGCACCAAGUACUACACAAGUAGUAAGAAAUUAAGAAUGCCAGCCUGAACCUUUCGAAACAGCGAUUUCGAAACAGGGACGUUAAUUGCUGUGCAAAUGAUCUCAAUUUUAUUUUUCCUAUCUCAAUUAAGAGUCUACGUUACGGGUACAUAAUGUUUCAACAGUAACUCGUAACGCAAUCGAGAUAUUACGAGAUUUUCUAGAAUAUCCAUCUUUCACUCUGUGAAGAAGAGCGAAGGAUGGCAGAGUUGUAUCAGAAUUCGUUAUUGUGGAAAUGGUACAACAACAACAACCACAACAACAACAACAACAGCAACGACGACGCGGAUACGUAUUAUUGCGUAUUAUCGAGUACGCUCCGUACGCUCCGUAAUGAAUUUUGUUCAACUCUUACCUCUUAAGGCAAAAGAGUCGUCGACGUCGUCGUCUGUCUCACAACGAAAAAGAAGAAACUAACUGACUCUCGACCAAGUAAUCGCUCGAUCGACAAUGCCUCUUCCAAAUAUUUGGAGAAAAGCGAGCAACUAUAUCCUUGGUGAGUGCGGCCAGGACAACCGGCGCGUCAUUUAUCAAGACGGCGAGGCAUUGUUCUGCAAAAAUAACGUCUGCGUGCACCCUCCUACGUUAAUGAGACAGCACGCCGACGUGGUGCAUCAUCCUGGAUAUAUGACGAUAACUUGCAAGUUGAACAACAAUUCCAACAAUUUACCAAUACCGACCCUGCACCUAAGUUGGAUACCCAACAGCACGUUGCGCAAACAUCCUACAGCGUUGGAGAAUCUGAGUAGCAGAAACGCUGCCGCGACCUGCCCGAAUUCCCGUCUCUCGGCCCCCGGCCCAGGGAAUUCCCUCAACGUUUCGGACAUGAGACGCGAGCUUGAGAACGAACAUGAACAUGAAAAUGGUACGGAGAACGAUAACGGAAAUGGGAAACUAGAUGUGUGCUUGGAGGCCAAAGAGCCGGUGAAUUGCGGAGACUGCGAACGCGUUUGUUCAAGUUCCAUCUGUCGUUCCGGUUACGGCAAUGACAGAUUUCCACCUCACCGAAACCCAAGCGUCGCAACUCUCGAUCGCAAUGACGAAAAUGCCGCCACCGCUAUCGAGACCGAGAUCGAGACCGAGAUCGAGAUCGAGACCGAGAUCGAGAAUCGUCCGAAUCGAGCGGACUCGAGCAACGAAAAGAACGAUGCUGGAGAUCGACUGCUGAAAGAGCGGGACUGUUUGAACGAGAUCGACGAGGAGCCACGCUUCUCGUACCGCGACGAUGUCAGCGUAAAGAGUCGCAGCUUGUCAUUAACGUCGACGUGCAGUUGGUCCAUCUCGGUAUCCACUGAUGCGGAAGAAAUGCCGUCGUGGAUGAGGUCUCCGGAACUCCUAGCGUUACAACACAAUCUUGUCUUUCCGGAGAGCGCGACCGCGUCGCCUGUGACGUUGCGUAGAGCACACCGAUGCAGAAGGUUCUCGGUGGAUCUCAGCGAGAUGCGAUCCUUGCGGCUGUUUUUCGCCGAUCCUGCUUGCACCUGCGGUCAGUUGGUCGUCGCGAGCAGGGAGAGUCAAUACAAGAUCUUGCAUUUCCAUCACGGUGGCUUGGACCGGCUAGCCGCCAUUCUACAUCAGUGGCAUCAACUGCUUUAUCCGCGUUUAAAUACCGACACGGAAGAGACUUUGCCGUACAGGCAUUUUAUGGUAUGUCGGCCGGAAGUAAGCCGGGACGAGCUACAUCCCGAGGAGGGUCAAGUACCGAUGAUCACGUCGCUAGCUUGGAAAGAUUUAUUGAAUGAACGGGGCCAGAUGGAGGACGACCUCGCUCUUCGUAAGGGAAUAUUUUUUGGCGGUUUGGAACCAGCGUUACGAAAGAUCGUUUGGCCUUUCCUGUUGCACUGUUACUCUUAUCAAAGUACGUACGAGGAUAGAGAGCAGAUCGACGCCAUUAGACAGCAAGAGUACGAAGAAAUACAGAAACGCAGACUGAGCAUGAAUCCAGAGCAAGCCGAGCGUUUCUGGCGAAACGUAGUGUGCAUAGUGGAGAAAGAUGUUGUUCGCACGGACAGGGCUAAUCCAUAUUACGCCGGUGAGGGUAAUCCCAAUGUCGAAAUAAUGAAGAAUAUUUUACUCAAUUACGCGGUAUACAAUUGCCGCUUGGGUUACACUCAAGGAAUGUCCGAUCUCUUGGCUCCAUUACUAGCCGAACUCAACUCUGAAAUCGAGGCCUUCUGGUGUUUCGCGGGUUUGAUGCAAAGAUCAGUAGCCGUGUGCACUCCAACGGAUACAGAUAUGGACAGAAAUCUGUGCUAUCUUCGAGAAUUAGUAAGGAUCAUGGUACCAGAUUUUUACAUGCAUCUUCAAAAACACGCGGAUGCCUUGGAGCUUCUUUUUUGUCAUCGGUGGAUACUCUUAUGCUUAAAGAGAGAAUUCCCAACCGAGAUAGCGUUGGUCAUGUGGGAAGCCUGCUGGGUCAAUUAUUUAACAGAUCAUUUCCACUUAUUUCUUUGCCUCGCUAUAAUGUGCGUUUAUGCGGACGACGUGAUCGCCCAAGAUCUCCGAACGGACGAAAUGUUGCUGCAUUUCAGUUCAUUGGCCAUGUACAUGGAUGGGAACAUUAUACUUAGAAAGGCACGAGGCUUGCUUCAUAAUUUCCGUCAACUCGUGCGAUUACCUUGCACAUUAGCCGGACUAUGUCGACAAUGUGGUCCAGGAAUGUGGGACAGCGCGCAUGAUCCGGUAAUAGAGUGUGUUGGUCACGAGGAUACGCAUUGUCCCUAUUUAAAUAAUUACGAGUAACUGUCUAAUUUAUAAAAGAAGAAGAAGAAGAAGAGAGCUCAUCAGUAUUACUUGGCGUACAGAUUAACUCGUUUCGUCGAAUUAUUAGAUAU